AUGGGUUAUUUACUAAAGCACCCAGCUACGAAAGCGCUCUGCAUUUCGAAGAUACUUAAUUCCAAGCGUAUGCUGGCAGAUCAUAUAGAGGCGCUUGAAAUAUGUCUCAAACUGCAACAUGACAUAAAUAUCGGCCAGAAAUCGGUGCUGCCCCGCAAAGCCGUUUGUGCUGGAGCUAUUCUAAUCCUAGCGGGGUAUCUGCUAACAAUAUUAUUUCUUAGGUUCUCGCCUGCUUUUAAAACAAAACAGUGGCAGAUGGUAGUUUCUGCCGCCAGCGCUUUACUGUUCGGUGUUAUCGCGACUGGGGAUAUCAUUCACUACAGAGCUCUGGCUAAAAUUACAAGUCUCAUCCAGUCGAUCGAAACGUAUGACCACACAAUGAAGAAGAUGCUGAUGUUGUCGUACGAAAUGAUAUUUGGGAAUCAAACUUUAUUCAUUGCUAAUGUAAGUGUAAGCGAGAAGUUAAUGCUUCAGAUGUGUACCGGAAACUGCAUCAAGGCCAUCUACGACAUUUAUGGCUUUGUCACAGUAUUAGAAAAGAAAACGAAGCUACGCGAGGAGUACUACCAAUUUUACGACCCACUGGAGACGCUCGAAAGCUGUAACAUAUUUAAACAAGAAAUACCCAAUCUUAGCAUGGCAAAGGAGUUGUACAACAUAUUUCUGUACAUGCAAUCUCAUUGCCUGCUGCGUCUGUCGCUUGCAAUUGUGAGCGAUGCAAAGAUGGGCGAUGUAAAGGUCGAAACCAAUCGGCUCAUCAGUUGUCUCACUAGUCACACCGAUGAGCUAAUAAAGCAAAUGGCACUGACCCGAAUAUCCCAUCAAGGUGACGUCCUGCCUGCUGCAAAUGUGAAGGAUACCAGCUUGAAGCAGCUGUUGGCAGUAAAACAUCAGUCGGUUGAACUAUCGGUAAAGCUAACGGCGAAUGUUCAACAAAUGAUACUAGUAGAUGAAAACAUCCAACGCCUCGUCACCCCGGAAACGUGGCAGGGACGUUCGCAGCUUCAACAUACAGCAAGAAAUCUAGCCACUGUUCAGUCUUAUUUCCUUACACGGAUGGAAGAAUGUGAACGUUUGCUGAUUAUGGUGAAAAAGUUGCUCAACCAAUCUGAAAAUGCCAAGCAGAACGAACCAGAGCCGGAGAAGGAACCCGCUCAAGAACGUGCGUUUGAAGAACCGCAUUCCGAAGCACAAAAUUCAGCCCACGAGCCGAAGGAUGAGUUUUUCAUCAACACCGGAGCUGAGGGCGAAGAAGAAGCGCACGAUUCCGCCGCUGCGCUGCAAGUGGAGGAAGAUGAAAUUUCGAAACGGUUAAUGAAGAAGCAAUUUAAACCUAUUUUGCAACAACUGCGUGAACGGCUCGUACCGGUAGAGGAGUCGUUUAAGGAGCGCGAACGAGUUGCGCUGGAACUGAAGGGGAUUAAAUUGCAGGACGAGGAAGAAUCUCACGGUGGGUUGAAUGUAACCAGCAAGCAGGACACACUCGACACGGACGAUGAAUCGGACUGGGAAGAAAUGGAGGCGAUAUCUAAGAGCAAAAACCAAAACAAGUACAAAGCUGAUCGUGAUUUUCUAGCUGGUAAGCAACAGAUCUCUCUACUAGCCUCUCUUCCCAAGGGGGUGCAGAUGGAUGAAACCAUCCUAGAAUAA